GUGUUUCCUGCGCCUUGUCCGUUAUUUCACAAGCUAUUUCUUGCUUGUUCUGAACUUCCAGGUCUUUAUCUUCUGCCAGAAGGCUCGCAGCUGGCUGCAGUCCCUCCUGGCCAGCACCAUGGCCAAGACCCUUGGUGACCAUCUGCUAAACACCCUGGAGGAGCUGCUGCCCUAUGACUUCGAGAAGUUCAAGUUCAAGCUGCAGAACACCAGCCUGGAGAAGGGCCACUCCCGGAUCCCCCGGGGUCAUCUGCAGAUGGCCAGGCCAGUUAAGCUGGCCAGCCUGCUGCUUGCCUACUAUGGGGAGAAGUAUGCUGUAAGGCUGACCCUGCAGAUCCUGAGGGCCACCAACCAGCGUCUACUAGCAGAGGAGCUUCGUAAGGCCACAGACCCAGAACAUUUAAUUGAAGAAAAUAGAAUUGGUGGUCCUGUCCAGUCUUCUGGAGAGAACAAGCCCAAGAGUGUGAAAGUACCAGAUGUCCUGGAAGGUGAUGGGAUGAGGCACAGUGGUGAUGGAUCAGAUGGCCUGCCACCCAGCCAGUCUGAAGUGGAGAAGGGGUCCCAGAAGAAGUCUCUGGUCAAAAGGAGGGAUCCAAGGGGUCCUGAGAGCCUGGACUCACAGACCAAGCCAUGGGCCAGGGGCACAGCACCACCCUAUAGAAGAAACCUGGUCACCACCCAGCCCCCAGGGGACAAGGAGAGCAGGGCAAGCGCCCAGCUCCGCAGGAAUGCCAGCUCUGCGGGAAGGCUGCAGGGACUCUGCACCAAUGUCCCGGGGAAGAGGGAUUGCAAGAAAGCUGAAGCGUAUCUGCCCUCAGGAAAGAAGCGACCCAAAAGCCUUGAAAUUACCACUUACUCAGGCCAAGGAGAACCCCCGACUCCAGAAGCUCUUCUGACUCCGGAGAAAACAACGAAUGGGAAUCCACACCUGGCCGCUACUACCAUGAGAACAGCCGUCCUGAAUGAAGGGCCUACUGGGGCUCUAGAAAAGGGCUCAGGGAAUCCAGAACUUUCCAUGGUCCCCAAUGAAGAAACAUUCAGGAACAUGCCUUCCAAAACAUCGUUGACUGGAGAGAAGAAACGCACUACAUCCUGGGAGGAAAAUGGAACUGGGAGUCCAGAGGCCCCUGCGAGCUUGGGGAAGAUGGCGGCCAGCACGUGCUGUGCGCCCUGCGAUCCAGAAGAGCCUUUGCCACUUUGUGAAAAACCAGCCCCAAACCCAGAAGACCCAGCAUCCUUAGGAUCGACAGCUUGUAAAGGAAGGUCACAGGACAAGGUUGCGUGUCCUCUUUGCCACUCCCAGGAAGGAGACCUGCAUGGUGGUACCUGUGUGCAAAGUUCCUGCAGCUGCUCCAUUGCUCCUGGGGAUCCCAAGGCCCCAGGCAGAUGCUCACCCAUAUGCUCCCAGUGCCAAGGUUCACUUGCAGGAAAGAGCUGUGGAGACCAGAGCCCCCAGUCCCUACCACAGUGCCCACGUCACAUGAAGCAGGUGCAGCUGCUCUUCUGUGAGGACCACAGGGAGCCCAUAUGUCUCAUCUGCAGGCUGAGUCAGGAGCAUCAAGGCCAUCGAGUGCGUCCCAUAGAGGAGGCUGCACUGGAGUAUAAAGAGCAAAUCCAGGAGCAGCUGGAGCGUCUGAGGGAGCUGAGGGGAUGUGUGGAGAAAUACAGACUACAGAGAGAUAAGAAGACAGAGAACUUCCUGAAACAAACAGAAACCCAGCAGCAGAGGAUUUCAUGCCAGUUUGAGAAGCUGUACCAAUUCCUGGAGCAGCAAGAGCAACUCUUUGUGACCUGGCUACAGGAGCUAGGCCAGACCAUUGGCAAGGUCCGAGAGACAUGUGACACCCGAAUUUUCCGAGACAUUGCCCUCCUGGAUGAACUUAUUGGAGAACUAGAGGCCAAGCAAGACCAGCCAGAGUGGAAGCUCAUGCAGGACAUUGGAGUCACGUUGCACAGGGCCAAGAUGGUGACUCUCUCUGAGCCACUGGUCACUCCUCCAGAUGUCAGAGAAAAGAUCCACCUGCUCUACCAGAAAUCAAAGUUUAUGGAGAAGAGUAUGCAGAACUUUUCAGAAACACUGCGCUCUGAAAUGGAAAUAUUUAGUGCUGUGGAUGAGGCAAAAUGGGGAGGGCGUUGGCCUAGCAUACCACAGGCCCAGGGUUUGAUUCCCAGCACUUACCUAAAAUGGGAUGGUGGAAACGCACAGGACUAUGAUAUAGUACUUUAUCCAGAAGUGGAAGCUGGAGGAUCAGAACCUCAGGAUUACCUUCAGCCUCAGCAAGCUCAAGGCACGCCUGAGCUACAUGAGACUCUUUCUCAGAACAACAAACGAAAACUUAGAUCUCUCCUGAAAUGGAAGCCUUCAUUUUUCCAGAACUGACUGGUGCUCAGGAACAUGCUGUUUCUGGAAUUCUGGUCUAGCAACUGCUUACCCCAACCUCAACUUCUCUGACAUGAAGAGUGUGAGAUUUGGAAACAAAACACACCUACUGCCUGACGGUCCGAAGAUUCUAAAGUUACAUCAUCACCCUGGAUACUCCUAGCCUUGACUCCAGCUGCCAUCACUGGGAGGUGGAGUUUGGGAGUGUGCAAAGUACUGGCAAGCAGAAAGUGAAAUUUAACUCUAUGGACCAGGGUGGUCUCAGACUCACAGAGAUCCACCUGCCUCUGCCUCCCAAGAGCUGGGAUUAAAAGGUGUGCACUACCACUGAACAGCUUAGUUCUCACUUUUACCUCUCUGGGUUUUGAAGGUGAUGCCUUUAAAGGCAGCACAUUUAGCUCUCCAUUGCAUGUAUUGUAUCUCCAACACUCUUCCUCCAUCUCGAGGCCCAAUCAUGGCCCAGAGACCCUUAUAUUCUAAUAAAUCUCAUACCUGAAGGGAAUUAUGUAUCAGCUUCCUUUUAGGCAGACUGCUGCUAUUCUUAUCAUUACAAAAUACUGUUUUGUAACUUGCCUUUUAAUUUAUUCUAUUUAUUGGUUGUAUUGUAUUGUACUACAUUAACAUAUAAUGAUUUAACCAUAGCUUUGAAGGUAGGCUGUACAUAUUUUACUGGGUAACAAUAUUAAUUUUGUGUGUGUGCAUGAACGCGUAUGGUGUGUGCCCGUCUGCAUGAUGGUGUACAUGUGUGUGUAAAUGUAUGUGGCAUAUGGAGAGCAGAGAUCAACCUCAGAUCAUUCCUCAGAUGCCAUCCUUUUUUUGAUUUUCUGCACAGGAUCUCUCGCUAGCCUGAAACUGGCUAAGCAGAAUAGGAUGGCUGCCUUGCAAGCCCCAGGGAAUCCCCUAUGUCUGUCUCCCCAGCAUUGGGAUUAUGUCUGGCUUUUUUUAAAACAACAACAACAACACACACGUACAUGUUUUCUACUGUUUACUCAUUCUGUUGCCAGUUUUCAUACUCUGUAUUUUAAGCCAUGGUUGAGUGAGUUGGCUGUUAGUGUUGGCACAUUUAAAAAGAAAAAGUUCAACAUCCUGCUGGAGGCUGUCCUUUCAUUCCUGGAGGUGUGGGGCUGUGACAGUCAGCCCUAACCUGAUGGCACUGUGUUUUUGCUUAACCAGAAAUGAACUGCUCUAUUCCCGUCAUUGGAGUGCUCGGAUCUGAGCAAUAAUUUACACAGGUCCCCUGUGAUGACUAACGAAACUUAAUAUGGAGCCAGGCAUCCCUUAUGGGCCCCUGACCUUUUGCUCUGGAAUGCCUGGGAGAUCCUAGUGGUUUUCAGAUGAGGUAAGAAUAGGGUAAUAGGCCAGGCGGUGGUGGCGCACACCUUUAAUCCCAGCACUCAGGAGGCAGAAACAGGCGGUCUCUGAGUU